CGCCCUUUCGGUGGGUCCACGCCGCAGCUGCCCCGCGAGCGAAGGAAUACGGCGGUGCAGACUAGGGCGUCCUAUCCACGCGUGCUCCACAAGCCGGCCCCGUCCAAGUUGAAAAGGACAAAAAGAAGGCAAUAAAUGCUAAAGGGGAGAGAAGGAGAGAGAGAGAAAGAGAGAGAGAGGAAGCCAGACCGAGCGGCAACUCCCAGCCCGGGCUGCAAGAGAAGGAGGCGGGAGCGGGAGAGAGCGGGCGCGCGCGAGGGCGAGCCGUGCACGGGAAGAAACUGACACCCGGACCCCCCACUUCUCCUGCACGGUGCUGGCAAUCAGAUCGCGUUUAAGCAAUUUCCUGAGCCCGAGAAUAGCAAUGAGUCGGGAGACUUUGGCGGACUGAAAUUGGGAGCUGCAGUCACUCCCCAGUCCGGGGAGUUUCGUCCACCGCCUCCUACCUCCUCCCCCUGUGCCCGGCUCCGCCGCGCGGAGGAUGGUGUGGAAAUGGCUGGGCGCGCUGGUAGUGUUCCCUCUGCAAAUGAUCUAUCUGGUGACCAAAGCAGCCGUGGGACUGGUGUUGCCCCCCAAGCUUCGGGACCUGUCCCGCGAGUCAGUCCUCAUCACCGGCGGUGGGAGAGGCAUCGGGCGCCACCUCGCUCGGGAGUUCGCAGAGCGUGGCGCCAGAAAGAUUAUUCUCUGGGGCCGGACUGAGAAAUGCCUGAAAGAGACCACAGAGGAGAUUCGGCAGAUGGGCACCGAGUGCCACUACUUCAUCUGUGAUGUGGGCAACCGGGAAGAGGUGUACCAGAUGGCCAAAGCUGUCAGAGAGAAGGUACAGCCCACAGGGACUGGCUGCCCUCACGGCUCCACAGCCCCCUCUUGCCCGCAGGUGGGUGACAUCACCAUCCUGGUGAACAAUGCCGCUGUGGUCCACGGGAAGAGCUUGAUGGACAGUGAUGACGAUGCCCUCCUCAAGUCCCAGCACGUCAACACCCUGGGCCAGUUCUGGACCACCAAGGCCUUCUUGCCACGUAUGCUGGAGCUGCAGAACGGCCAUAUCGUGUGCCUCAACUCCGUGCUUGCACUGUCGGCCAUCCCCGGCGCCAUCGACUACUGCACAUCGAAGGCAUCGGCCUUCGCCUUCAUGGAGAGCCUGACCCUGGGGCUGCUGGACUGUCCCGGUGUCAGCGCCACCACCGUGCUGCCCUUUCACACCAGCACCGAGAUGUUCCAGGGCAUGCGAGUCAGGUUUCCCAACCUCUUCCCGCCGCUGAAGCCAGAGACAGUAGCCCGGAGGACGGUCGAAGCUGUGCAGCAAAACCAGGCCCUUCUCUUGCUCCCGUGGACCAUGAAUAUCCUCAUUAUCUUGAAAAGGCUCCCAAGACAAAGAAAACCAGCAGUUGAAGAAGACACACGCUGUGCUCAAUCCCAGGCUGCUGCUGGGAUGGAAUUGGAUCCUGCCUGGGAAGGUGACCGGGUCUGGGCAAAACUCCAGACUAGGAGAGGCAGGCGGGAGAACCUGGCUCUGGGCUGGCAAGCUGCUCCAGCCUGGAGAGAGUGUGAUGUGAGUUUACGCAUCCCAAGUGCCACGCUGGAGUCCAAGUGCCUGGGCUUUGUGCUGGGGGUGGGCAGAUCAGCUGAGAGCCUGGGAAGGAGGCAAGGCGAGGGCAAGUCUGGAGUUUGAAGCUGUCCAUACCUGACUGAGACUCUACGUCUUGGUUCAGUGGGACCUGGCGCUUCACCUUCCUUCCUAAGCCUCAUCUGGAGAUGAAGCCCAUGGCCCUUCCCAUCCACAGUUACUGAGGGGAAAAAUCAAGAGAAAUACAAGUAACGAACUAUCAGUCU